AUGGUUGUCCCUAAGGCUAAAGUACCGGAUGUUCUACAGCUGUACCAUAAUGGUUGUUCAGGAGGCCACCUGGGAGUUAAACAAACUCUACUGAAGAUCCGAGAACGUUUGUACUGGGUUAACUGUCGUGACGAUGUCGAGGACUGGUGCCGCAAAUGUACAAGUUGUGCGGCUGUAAAGGGACCUCAAACUCGUAGUAGAGGCGCAUUGAAAUUGUACAAUGUUGGUGCACCAUGGGAGAAGAUGGCCAUUGAGGUUGCGGGGCCGUUUCUAGAAAGUGAAAAUGGUAACAAGUAUUUCAUGGUUGUGAUGGAUUACUUCACUAAGUGGCCAGAAGUUUUCGCCAUUCCAAAUCAAGAAGCUUCAACAGUUGCAGAUAAACUAGUUCAUGAAGUAUUCUGUCGUUUUGGUGUACCUUUAGAGAUUCGCAGCGAUCAAGGAAGGAAUUUUCAAUCUCAAAUAUUCCAUUUUAUGAGUACCCAUAACUUGCCGAGUUAUGGGUACUCAUAA